AUGGCCAGAGAAGAGGCUCGAAGCCGGACCAGAGAGCGGGGUGGAGGCAGGGAAGAAGAGUCUGUAAACACCGCCCCAAAAUCUCCGCGAAGGCAGCAGGAAAAAAAAAACCGCCGGGUAACCAAACAGAGUGAGAAACCGAAGGAAAAGAGUCAAGAACGAGGGAAGAGAGGCGCCGAGGCCGCCAAGCAGUGCAGUCCCUGCUCGGCGGCGGCGCAGAGCUCGUCGGGGCCGGCGGCGCUGCCCUACGGCUAUUUCGGCAGCGGCUACUACCCGUGUGCCCGCAUGGGCCCGCACCCCAACGCCAUCAAGUCGUGCGCGCAGCCUGCCUCGGCCGCCGCGGCUGCCGCCGCCUUCGCGGACAAGUACAUGGAUACCGCCGGCCCGGCGGCCGAGGAGUUCAGCUCCCGAGCCAAGGAGUUCGCCUUCUACCACCAGGGCUACGCACCCGGGCCUUACCACCACCAUCAGCCCGUGCCUGGCUACCUGGAUAUGCCAGUGGUGCCCGGCCUCGGGGGCCCCGGCGAGUCGCGCCACGAGCCCCUGGGUCUCCCCAUGGAAAGCUACCAGCCCUGGGCGCUGCCCAACGGCUGGAACGGCCAAAUGUACUGCCCCAAAGAGCAGGCGCAGCCUCCCCACCUCUGGAAGUCCACUCUGCCCGACGUGGUUUCUCAUCCCUCAGACGCCAGCUCCUACAGGAGAGGGAGAAAGAAGCGCGUCCCUUACACCAAGGUGCAAUUAAAAGAACUCGAGCGGGAAUAUGCUACAAACAAAUUCAUUACUAAGGACAAACGGAGGAGGAUAUCAGCCACGACAAAUCUCUCUGAGCGGCAGGUGACAAUCUGGUUCCAGAACAGGAGGGUCAAAGAGAAAAAAGUCAUCAACAAACUGAAGACCACUAGUUAA